AUGUAUGUGAAAUGGUUUGAUACAGUAAUGUUAUACUAUGUGAUUUUAGUGAUUUUAGUGAAUGUCACUUUUUGUCAUUUUCAAAUUUCCCACCGUUCCGUCCCCCGUACGUCCCGACGCUCGCAGGGGACUGAACCCAGAUGACAGAUGCUGGCAUCGGCCGGAUUACAUUGCCGGAGACACUGCAGGAGGGACAUCGCGGGGCGCAGGACACGGUAAGUGAAGAACAGAUCCCGGAGCAGCGCUGCAUGGUAAGCCAGAAUGUAGCUCGGGGUUACCGCUUGUGCUACACUCGGGGAAUACCGCCAGGGAGGUUAAACAAA